AUGUCCUUCUAUAAACCUUGUCCACCGGAUGACCUCGGCGACAUCAACCUCAUGUCUCUGGGCCACAGCAGUUCACAUGUUGUUGUGGUGAUGCUUGAGCAGGUGGUGGAUGGUUUUCCGGCUAGUCCACCGACUCUGAUGCUGCAGCCGGUGGUGUGGCCACCCGUUGUUCUUCUGAUACUGCAAUCGUUGGUGUGGCCACCUGUUGUUCUUCUGAUACUGCAGCCGGUGAUGCUGGACCCGGCGAUGUCGAGUCCACUAGUGCAUGCUCAGAAGGAAUCGAAGAUAAAAGUGUGGGAUGAACUCACACCACCACUGCCAAAACGGUGGAUCCCCGUGGAGUCAUACCUGCAGUCUCUGGGCACUGGCAAGUUUUGCAUCGUUAAGACAUUCGACACGGUAGAGGAAGGGUGGUGCAGGGAGAAGAACGGCAACAUGUUCAAAAAUGUGGAGCGUUUUGCAGUGUUCACCGGUGUGAAGGUGGAACGUGGAAGUAGAGGGGCCUUUCGGAUGAUCAAGCACAAGUCCAGACGUUACAGCUUCGGCCAAAGGAUUGUCCAAACAUUCCUUUUUUAA